AUGCCAUCACCCGCGACUCCGAAAUGUGGCGGCUCAGGAGAUUUGUUUAAUUCGCCCGGUGGGGACGUUCCCGGGGAUCUCUCCGAUCUGGACGGAGUAGACUCGAAAGACUGCAAGUUGACCAAAGGACAAGGACAGGGGGGGGAGGGAGAAGAAAGAGAGGGUCCGAUCCCGUCCAGGGAUUGA